AUGGUUUGUAAAAAUUGUAGAAAACAUACACCACACAAAGUUUCUCAAUAUAAAAAAGGCAAAGAUUCUUUGUAUGCUCAAGGUAAAAGACGUUAUGAUCGUAAACAAUCUGGUUAUGGUGGUCAAACAAAACCCGUGUUUCAUAAGAAAGCUAAAACAACUAGGAAAAUUGUACUUCGUUUAGAAUGUCAAAGUUGUAAGUAUAAACAUCAAAUAGCGCUUAAAAGAUGUAAACAUUUUGAACUUGGAGGUGAUAAAAAGACAAAAGGUGCUGCACUUGUCUUUUGA